AUGGACUUCUCUACCAACUCCAACACCACCGCCCACAUGGACUAUCACCGCCCGUCGUCGACGCUGAGCUCCGUCGACCGCAAGCCUUCCACCUUUUCCUUCGACGACAGCACCACGCUGGACUCCAACAUCCUAGACACGCCCACCCUGAUGUCGCCCACCACCAGCACCCAGGGCAUCUUCUCACCCGACACGUCUUUGUGGGAGGACUUCUCCGCCGGCCAGUUCGUUGAUCGGACAGCCACCAGCUCUGUCGUUAACCACAACGGCAACAAUCCCUUCUUCACGGAGCAGAGCAACAACCCCUUCGCCCGGCUACCCGCAAACCAAGCGGCGACCUAUGGCCAGCAGACGUCGUGGCCCGUCACAGACAACUCUGGGUCGCGGACGCCAACCGCUUCUAAGCCUCUGAACCCAUUCGGUCCCGGGGACUUUGACUCUGCGCAGUCAUCCUUCGUUCCUGUCGCUUCGCAUAUGUCGUCAGCUUUUGGUAACCCUCAUGGCCUGCCGGUCCAUAGUAACGUGAGACCAAGCUCUGUAUUCCCGUCAGCCCCUCCAGAGCAACCAAUGUCGCCGCACACCAACUCAGAAUGGAUGGCAUUCAACCAGCAGGAGCUGGACGCACGACCAGGCCCGAAGCGUAUGAGGGCCAACUCCCCUCUCCGGUCCUACUCUCCGCGCCGUGACGGCGGUAUCAGGAAGAAGAACGCCCGUUUUGACAUCCCUGCGGAGCGCAACCUUGCCAACAUCGAUCAUCUCAUCGCCAACUGCACCAAUGAAGACCAAAUGAAGGAGCUCAAGCAGCAGAAACGACUCCUUCGCAACAGACAGGCCGCCCUCGACUCACGGCAGCGAAAGAAAAAGCAUACGGAAGAGUUGGAAGAAGAAAAGAAGAUGUGGAACGAGCGAAUGAGUAUGAUGGAGGAAGAGAUCGCUACCAUGCGCAUUGAGUACCAAGCCCUCUGCCAGGAGAAGGAGAGCUGGCACCAGGAGCGCAUGGAAGCUCACCAGAUGAUCAACCAGCUGCAAUUUGAGAAAGAGGAGCUCGUUCGCGAUCAUACUCUUGAGACUGGAGAGCUUCGCAAGAAGAUCUCUGUACUCACGGAGAGGCUUGAAGUUUCCAGCACUGCCAUGUCAGUCGCACCGAGCUCCACCUUCACCGACUUUGCAUCGGAAAUGGACAACUUGAACAUGGGCACUAACGAAUGGGACAACUACAUCUUCGUCAAUGACUUUGUUGUCGACGAGCAAACACCACAACCGCAAGAGCAAGCCCUCGUUGUCGCAUCCCGCUCCAAGGAUACUGAAGACAAGCCUGUCGCCUCCGGUUUACUGCUUAUGCUGCUCCUUUGUGGUGCAUUCGUCGCAAGCAAGUCAUCUGGCUCCUCUGCUCCGCCCAUUCCUCGCAUGUCUGAAGAAGUCCGCGCCGCAUCCGCCACUGUUCUAGACAGCAUCUUCAAAGACGCCGGGGUGGCUCCUUCCUUAACCGACCAGGGUCUUACUGCCAACCGGGUCUCGGGCUUUGAACCUGGGCCGUCUGCUAUUAGCUGGCCGAAGCCAACCAUGUCCGGCCCUGAGCUCGGAUCCAACCUCGAUCAACUGCAUACCCAACUAGCUGCGCCGACGAAGGACCAAGAGAAUGAGCAACUAUUCUCUAUUACACCCGCCCAGUACAACAGCAUGACGUCCAUGGACUUCACGCGUCCACGGUAUAGCGUUGCAAGCGAUGACCUUAGCGACCCAUUAUCUCCUGGUUCACAGCCAUCUCACCACCGUCGUAACCUUGCGGAGACUCUUGCUGCUAUGCGUGAGCAAAACAAGGGUGAUACAGCAGCUGAAGUCUACACACGAAGCUUGCUCUGGGAUAGAAUUGCACCAGAGGUCGUCCACGAAUUUAAACGCAUGGUUGAAGAAAGCGCUGCCUCCUCACGUCCCCCGACAUCCGAUGGGAACGUGGCCAAAGUGGAGAACGUAGGAUAA